AUGGUAUGUGGGAUAGGGGCAGCUAGGUGCAUCAAUGAGACUGCUGGUGAAGUGUUGGAUACGUCCAGGGGCUGGGCUAGUCACCAUCGGGGGGAUUGGUGGUGGAAUGAAGAGGUAAAGAAGAAAGUAGAUACUAAGAAGGGGGUGUAUGCAAAGUUGAUUGAGAGUAAGGAUGAAAAAGAAAAGCGGGUGUUUAGGGAGGAGUACAAGUUAGCGAGGAAGGAGGCUAAGCUAGCAGUUAUGGCUGCUAAGACAACAAUAUUUGAGAGCUUUUAUAGAGGUGUUGACACAACGUAUCCAAGGAGAGGUGCCCUAGUGUAUGCUUUUUGUGAACGAUGUGGUUUGAUUAACGAGACCUGGGGGAAUGGUGAGAUUGACGAAGAUGUCUCUCACCGAAUUGGGGUGGGAUGGAUGAAGUGGAAGCUUGCCACGGGGGUGUUGUCUGAUAAGCAGGUGCUGCCUAAGCUUAAAGGCAAAUUUUACAGGGUGGCAGUCCGCCUGGCCAUGUUUUAUGGAGUAGAUUGUUGGCCAGUCAAGAACUCUCAUAUUUAA